AUGUUCUACAGCCACGAAAUCCUCACCUCGCCAGAGCAUGGUGUCGCAACAAUAUGGCUAGUAGCAACUCUGGGAUCCCGGUCCAUUGCUAGAAGACUGAACCGAAAAGCCAUUCUGGACGUGGAUGUCCCCAAUGCAUGCCGAGUUAUAAUCAACCCCGACGCACCCAUGGCCCUUCGACUGCAGGGGAGCCUGCUGUACGGUGUCUCUCGAGUGUACAAUCAGCAGUGUGGGUACACGCUGCUUGACACACAGGCGAUGCACGACAAGAUGGUCUCCAAGUUGAAGAUCGUCCCGGGGAGUGGGCUUGAUCCCGCUGCUGGACAGACCAGGCCCAGCAAUCUGAUCCUACCUUACGAUCCCUCUUUCUUGCCCGAGACAGCUCUCCCGGGACUUGAAAUUGACUUGUCGUACCUUACUACCACCACGAACGAUAGCUCGAGCCAACUCAGUGGUCUCUGGACCAAGUCGCCCAACAAUAGCUUGUCUGGCACUUCGCAACUUUCAAGCCUGCACCUUGAGCUCCCAUCGGAUAAUAUCCUGGGAGAGGGUACUAUUCUAGGGAUUGAUGAGAUCAAUGGGUCUGCGCAGAAGAAAGAUACUUUCGGCAACAUGACGGGGCUAGGGUUGGGUAAUGAAGAGGGUGUUCUCCUUCAACCUGACUUUGAAUUUGAUGAGGAUGGUAAUAUCAUCGAGCUCGAUGCCAGAGGGAAGUCCCCUCAUGCAAGGAAGUCCACCGUUGGUCCAAGGGAAAGCGAGGGACCGAUAGAUGACCGACAACGCCAGCUCCGUGAAGACUCGAUGCAAAUUGCCGACGAGGAAGCCAGAGUGGCUGAUACCAACGACAUGAUGGAGCUCGACACCCAGACCGCAGACCCGGCAAUUCUCCAGAUAAAUGAAGGCCUGGAUGGGGUUGAAGAAACAAUUGAAAUCCAAGCAGUGAGGACCCGCCGGUUCAGGCGCCCGAAGGAAAUCAUCUCGGACGACACCACGGCGCUUCGAAAUAUGACGCUGGCCCAAUGGAACAAUGAAUACGUUGAGAACAUGAUCCAAGCACUGAAGCAAAAGCAGCAAAACAAGAUUCCAACCAUUUCAAAGAAGAACGCUGCUUUCUGGGUUUUCGGACAGGGAAUCGGCUCGGUUGGAGUCGGACUGGGAAUGGACCGUGAACUGCAUCCGCUCAACCUCUACUCAGGCGAGAAUUUGUUUGAAGCCGUUGGUGGAUACCCUCAGCGAAAAGGGCGAAAGCGCAGCGCAGAUGAUGAUGAAAUACCAGAGGGACGUCUAGUACGCGCUAGAGACGAACAAGCAGAGCAUCUCAGCCGUGAGAACAUCGACCGUCUCAACAUGGAAGCUGAAGUUGGCCGUGAUGCCCCUUCGAGUCUGUUUGAUGACCACUCGUCCCAAAUGCCAUGGAACAUUACCGCUUCCAUUCAAAGCUCUCGGCAAAGACAACGAUUCGGCAGUGUCAGCGAGCUGCCUUCUCAAGGACGUAAGGCCCGAAGCCGUCUUACGAGCGCCAGUCCGCUUGCCGGGCGCAGCUAUCUCGGGGAACAAGACCGACUUAGUCUCGAGCUCCUGGGCGAUUUCGGAGACGACCUAGAUCUUACCCGUUAUCUUGAAGGCGAGCUUGCGACAGACCGCGAGAAUAUCAGCUCACUCUCGCCAAGCAAGCGCUCUGCUCUCGAACGGGCUAAGUCAACUCUUGAUCGGGAAAGCUUGAAUUUCAUAGAGUUCAUGAAGGACAAAAUGGGUACUGCUAACAAUGACCAAGCAGGAAACGCACAAAGCCCGAACAGCAACGCGUCCAGCCCGGUCGCGGCCAGACCCGGCCAAACCACCUUCACGAGUCUUCUUCCUCCUGGAAGUACGACGCGAGCUGUCGCGACUCAGGCUUUGAUGAACGUCCUCACGCUCGCUACAAAGGGCGUGCUGCACGUCCACCAAGACGGGUACAUCGACGAGAGCACCGAGUGGGCAGUCCAUUAUCGCUAUGGCGAGAUUUUCUUGCGACUAUCUGGAAUGUGA